AUGGGGAGGCCACGUAAGAACGAACAUCUCAUUCACCAGUACUUCGUCGAAACCGGCUUUCGGAGAGGUUCUGGAGGAUCCGACGAGAGAAAGGAAAAUUAUCGAUGUGUACUAUGCGGUNNNNGGAUCGGCAUGCUCGCGAAACUUGAUUUUGGAAAAGCCGAAGUUGUCCAUGCGGAAUAG